AAUGUAAUUUCGACUGACACUGGGAGUUCCUGGCAUGUGUAGGGGAAAGAUUCUUGAGGUAUUGAAAAAUUGGCCCGAGAGGAUGAUUCAAGUUAUUGUUGUGACUGAUGGUGAGCGAAUUUUGGGACUCGGAGAUCUUGGCUGCCAGGGGAUGGGAAUACCAGUUGGAAAAUUGGCUUUGUAUACCGCACUAGGAGGUGUUAGACCUUCUGCGUGUUUGCCGAUUACCAUUGAUGUGGGGACAAAUAAUGAGCAGCUACUUAAGGAUGAGUUUUACAUUGGUCUCAGACAAAAGCGGGCGACUGGGAAGGAAUAUUACGACUUCUUACAUGAAUUCAUGACUGCCGUGAAGCAAAACUAUGGUGAAAAAGUUCUUGUACAGUUUGAAGAUUUUGCCAAUCACAAUGCUUUUGAGUUGUUGGCCAAAUACGGCACUACUCACUUGGUCUUCAAUGAUGAUAUACAGGGGACGGCAUCUGUGGUGCUUGCCGGGCUAGUUGCAUCACUUAAGCUACUCGGGGGUACCUUGGGCGACCACACAUUUUUGUUUCUUGGUGCUGGAGAAGCUGGCACUGGUAUAGCAGAGCUUAUAGCCCUUGAAAUGUCGAAGCGGACUAAAGUUCCUCUGGAAGAAGCGCGCAAAAAGAUUUGGCUGGUAGACUCAAAGGGUUUAAUAGUUAAAUCCCGCAAGGAAUCUCUUCAACAUUUUAAGAAGCCGUGGGCUCAUGAACAUGAACCUUGCAACACUCUCUUAGAUGCUGUCAAGGCUAUCAAGCCAACAGCUUUAAUUGGAACAUCUGGUGUUGGAAAACAAUUUACAAAGGAGGUGGUUGAGGCUGUGGCUUCUUUCAACAAGGUUUCUCUCUCUCCCCCCCCCCCCCCCCCCCCC